AAAAGUGUGAUAUAAAUAAGUUAAAUUAUUUAAUAAGCACGAAAAUGCCAGAUCACUUAGGAGAAGAUAUGCGGAAAGUGAAGAACGAGGAGGAGAAAGAAGAAAAGGAAAUAAAAUCACUGGAUGAAGGCGAUAUUGCUUUGUUGAAGACUUACGGCCAAGGACAGUAUACAAAAAGUAUUAAGGCUGUCGAGGAAGAUAUUCAAACAAUUAUCAAGCGUGUGAAUGAAUUAACCGGUAUCAAAGAAUCGGAUACUGGUUUGGCACCACCGGCGCUUUGGGAUCUUGCAGCAGAUAAACAAACAUUACAGAAUGAACAACCCCUGCAAGUAGCACGUUGCACCAAAAUCAUAAAUGCAGAUUCAGACGAUCCAAAGUACAUAAUAAACGUGAAGCAAUUUGCUAAAUUUGUGGUCGAUUUAGCUGAUUCAGUGGCGCCGACUGAUAUAGAGGAAGGCAUGAGAGUGGGAGUAGAUCGUAAUAAGUAUCAAAUUCAUAUUCCAUUGCCAUCCAAAAUUGAUCCUACUGUUACAAUGAUGCAAGUGGAAGAAAAACCAGAUGUCACUUACAGUGAUGUUGGUGGUUGCAAGGAGCAAAUCGAGAAAUUGAGAGAAGUUGUUGAAACACCAUUGUUACACCCAGAAAAAUUUGUUAAUCUGGGUAUUGAGCCACCCAAAGGUGUUUUGCUAUUUGGACCACCAGGUACAGGAAAAACUUUGUGCGCUAGAGCUGUGGCUAACAGAACAGAUGCCUGUUUUAUUCGUGUAAUUGGUUCUGAAUUAGUACAGAAAUAUGUUGGCGAGGGUGCCAGAAUGGUAAGAGAGCUAUUUGAGAUGGCACGAAGUAAGAAGGCCUGCUUAAUUUUCUUUGACGAAAUUGAUGCAAUUGGUGGUGCUCGUUUUGACGAUGGUGCCGGUGGUGAUAACGAAGUGCAACGUACUAUGUUGGAACUUAUAAACCAAUUAGAUGGAUUUGACCCUCGAGGCAACAUAAAGGUGUUGAUGGCGACAAACAGGCCAGACACCUUAGAUCCCGCGUUGAUGCGACCAGGUCGCUUGGACAGGAAGGUUGAAUUUGGGUUACCGGAUCUUGAGGGUCGUACACAUAUCUUCAAGAUCCAUGCGCGCUCGAUGAGCGUCGAGAGGGACAUCAGAUUUGAGCUGCUCGCUCGUUUGUGUCCCAACAGUACAGGUGCUGAAAUUCGUUCUGUCUGCACUGAAGCUGGCAUGUUCGCGAUUCGCGCGCGACGCAAGGUUGCCACGGAAAAAGACUUCCUCGAGGCAGUCAACAAGGUUAUCAAGUCAUACGCCAAAUUUUCUGCGACACCCAAGUACAUGACCUACAAUUAGAAUAAUUCGCGAAUAAUAACACGUUCGGUUUGUAUUCAACAAGCUGUAAUUGUGACUUGUAUCAUGAUUCUAAAAUUAUAAUUAACGCAACAUAAGUCUUAUAAUUAUUUCUAUUCUACACAUUUAAUAAAUGAAUAGGCAACUUCAUCAAUUUGAAUUGAAUAAUAAAAGUUUCUUUCCUCAUG